UUGUCACUUUGUUAUCUCUUGAGAAUCUUAGACUUGGUCAGUCUCUGGGGUCACUCUCUCUACUCUAUAGCGUUUGUUGCGGUCUUAACACAUUAACAUGAUUUAAUCUAACGACUUCAUGUCUUAUCCUUCAUAAAUACGUCUCUUAUUGUUUUUUUUAGCUUCACUAUACUUUUCUUCCAUCUCUCCUUUUCUGCUUCUUCUUCUUCUCCUCUCCGUCUCUCCCACUAGUCCCUACACGCAUUGCCUUUUCUGCUAUAGUAUCCACAAGAUUUCACCAUUGCCUCCUCUUCUGGUCUCUUGAGUUCCUCAUUGCCCACUGUACUCUCAGGAAGUCAUGUUACUGAUGAAGCAGCUCCAUUCCAAGUUUGAUGUUGGUCAAGUCUUGUCUACUUGUCUUGUCUCUUUCUUGUUUGUCACAACUGCUAUUGCGGAUUUGAACUCGGAUAGGCAAGCUCUUUUGUCCUUUGCUGCUUCUGUUCCUCAUCUUAGAAAGCUCAACUGGAACUCCACUAACCAUAUCUGCAAAUCAUGGGUUGGUGUCACCUGCACUUCUGAUGGUACUGCUGUUCUUACUCUCCGCCUUCCUGGAAUAGGACUUGUGGGAACCAUCCCUCCAAACACACUUGGUAAACUAGAAUCACUCGAGACUCUCAGUUUGAGAUCAAACCUCAUUGGUGGUAACAUUCCUCCUGAUAUUACAUCUCUCCCUUCACUACGUUACCUCUAUCUCCAACACAACAACUUCUCCGGUGAGGUACCUUCCUUUUUGUCCCAACACCUCGAUAUCUUGGAUCUCUCUUUCAACUCUUUCACUGGGAAGAUACCAGCAACGUUACAAAAACUGACUAUGUUGAGUCUCCAGAACAACAAACUCUCUGGACCUAUACCUAAUCUUGAUACAAGAAGCCUGAAGCUUUUAAACUUGAGCAACAAUCAUCUUAAUGGCUCAAUACCCUCUGCAUUUGGUAAGUUUCCAAAUUCAUCUUUUUCUGGAAACACAAUGUUAUGUGGACUUCCUCUGCAACCAUGUGCCUCUCCCUCUCCUCUUCCCCCACCCAUCUCCUCACCUCCAUUGCCUCACAAAGAAGGUCCAAAAAGGAAGUUACAUGUAAGCAAUUUCAUUCUCAUUACAGCUGGAGGGGCUGCCCUGCUUCUACUAGUCACCGCAGUUAUCUUAUGUUGCUGUUUCAAGAAAAAGGACAAGAGGGAAGACAGCAUAGCAAACACAAAGACGUUAACUGAGAAAGCAAAGCAAGAGUUUGGUAGUGGGGUACAAGAACAUGAGAAGAACAAGCUGGUGUUCUUUGAAGGAUGCUCAUAUAACUUUGAUCUUGAGGAUUUGUUAAGGGCAUCAGCGGAAGUACUAGGUAAAGGUAGUUAUGGGACAGCUUACAAGGCUGUCUUAGAGGAAUCAACUACUGUUGUGGUGAAAAGGUUGAAGGAAGUGGCAGUUGGAAAAAAAGAGUUUGAACAGCAGAUGGAGAUUAUCAGUGAGAUUGGGAGACAACACCCUAACGUUGUUCCCCUUCGUGCUUAUUAUUACAAUAAGGAUGAGAAGCUCAUGGUUUUUGACUAUUACCCUGCUGGUAACCUAUCAUCACUCCUUCACGGUAACCGUGAAGGUGAGAGAAUCUCUCUUGGCUGGGACUCCAGAGUGAAAAUCAUACUCGCUGCAGCGAAAGGUAUAGCUCACCUCCAUGAAGCUGGAGGUUCAAAGUUCUGUCAUGGAAACAUAAAGUCCUCAAACAUAAUUAUGAAGCAGGAGAGUGACGUGUGCGUUUCUGAUUAUGGACUGACCCCUCUAAUGACUGUGCCAGUAGCCCCAAUGAGAGCUGGUGUAGGAUACCGUGCACCGGAAGUAAUAGAAACAAGGAAACACACUCACAAAUCAGAUGUUUACAGUUUCGGAGUACUGAUACUAGAGAUGUUGACUGGUAAGUCUCCAGUGCAGUCCCCAAGUAGGGAGGAGAUGGUUGAUCUUCCGAGGUGGGUGCAGUCAGUGGUGAGGGAGGAAUGGACAAGUGAGGUGUUUGAUGUUGACCUAAUGAGGUUUCAGAACUUUGAAGAAGAAAUGGUGCAGAUGCUGCAGAUUGCUAUGGCUUGUGUGGUUCAAACGCCUGACGUGAGACCAAGUAUGGAUGAUGUGGUUAGGAUGAUUGAAGAGAUACGAGUUUCAGACUCUUCUGAGACAAGACCAUCUUCAGAUGACAAUAGCAAACCCAAGGACUCUAUUGUUCAAACCACCCCAUGA